AUGAAGCGCGCUGCGGUCGCAGUCGCCGGUGGCGUCAGCGCGGGCGGUGGCGGCCGUGGCCCAGGCAGCCUGGCUGUCCGGCGGCGGAGCGCAUGGGCGGCGCAGGCCGUGAGCUCGCGCGCGCCGCACGUGCUGGUGGAACCCGCGCCCGCCAGAACCAUGGUGUACCGCAACGGGGACCCGUUCUACGUGGGCCGCAAGUUCGCGCUGUCGCGGCGCCCCGUGGCCACCUUCGAGGCGCUGCUGGAGCAGCUGACGGAGCAGGUGGAGGUGCCCUUCGGUGCGCGGCGCCUCUUCACGCCGACGCGCGGGCGCCCGGUGAGCGAACUGGACGCGCUGCAGGCCGGCGGCAAGUACGUGGCGGCCGGGCGCGAGCGCUUCAGGAAGCUGGAUUAUUUUAAUAUAGUUCCCAGCAGACCUGCAAGGAUGAGAAAGUUGAAGGAAACCAAGCCGGUGGUACGUUGUGACAUAAACGUGCCUCCCAGGUGGCGAACAUCCCAUCGUUUAUCCCGACAAAUCAAUGUUUUCACAAAUGGAAGAUUAUUUAUUCCACCUGUAAAGAUUAUUAUACCCAAAUUCAGCCUGACGGAGUGAAACUGCGUGCUGGCCAUGAUCGGAGAGAAGGCCUUUCCUCUGGGAGGCGUUCGAAAAUUAUUUACAAUGAAUGGGCAUCUUCUGGACAACUCAAAGGAUUUGCAAGACAACCAUUUUUACGUUGCGGCAGGACUGGAGGCCUUCCAGUAUUUCCCUUAUUGGAAGUCCCCAAAGGUCCCCAGAGAAGUUUAACAAAAGUACUCAGACAUUGAGAAGUAUUCGCGAAGAAAGAAAAAAGAGGAUCCCAAGGUGAAAGAAGCUCAUAAAUACGACAACGUUCCACCCAAAGCACUGGAUUCUAUUUUUUACGCCAAAGAAGGAAAGAACCUUUUAUCCACAGCGGGGCAGAUGGUGACGUGUAUGAAGCCCAGACUCCUAACAAGGAAACCCAAGGAGCACCAGAAGUUACGGGGGCCCCGGACGUGCAUGUGGAGGUGCCUGUGGACAGAGCGAUACAUACUUCCAACCAGACGUGUCACUUUUUCUGUCCUCCUACGUCAGCCACUUGGUUUUCCACCACCUGACACCUUUGCAGUUGAUUUCAGAGAGCUGCUCAUUUUCCUGCAUAUGUUGGAAGCAAGUUAUGACAACCGGGAGAUUAUCCACAAGGGGAGUGUGCACACGGCCAGGGGCAGUGGGACCAGCCAGGCCGUGGCGAAACCAGCCAAGAUAUUGAAAGAAGAGACACAUAGUCACAUGCCUAAUUUUGAAAGCAACAAGCAUGAGCUGAACAAAAACUUCGCUGGUGUGAAACACCCCGUGGAGUUGAAGGUCGUCGGCCCUAAAAUCUAG